UCCUUCCUCUCCCUUUCACCCCGCCUCUCUGGUUCAAAAACAGCGCACCAGGCAGCACUGUGCUCAUUUCCAAAAGCUGCUACCAAGAUCCUCCCAAGAUGAAGGGCUUCUACUUCCUCCUAGUCACCACCAUCUUCCUGAUUAUGAUCCAGAUACAGAGUGGAAUCUUGCAAAACAGUUCCGCAACUACUACCCAUGCCACCACUACCACCACCCAACCCACCACCUCCACCAAAUCUGCCACCUCCGCCAACUCUGCCGCCUCUGCCAAAUCUGCCACCUCUGCCACCUCCGCCACCUCCGCCAGAUCCUUAAUCUCCUCCACUACCACCAUCCACACCAUCAAGAACAUCAAGGGCGGAGCCCCAGCACUCAGCGGCCUGGGCAGUGGCAGUGUGCUCAUCUUCUUGACCAACACCCUCAUCCAGUUCCUCCACUUCAGCUGAGGUGGCAGGCCGCAGCCCUAGCCCUGUGUCCUCUGAGACAUGGCGAGAGAAACUCCCCAUCCCCAGUCCUUGGGAGGGGUUGAUACAGAGGUCACCAGUUGAGGAAAUUGACAGAAAGUGGCUUGGGGGCAAUGGCCUACAGAGGGAGGUACUGUUAGCAUCACACAGCUGGGGGUCAAUAAAGUUGUCGUGUACCUGGA